AUGGGUCUCGGGACGGCUAUACUUGUUCUUUUACUGCUGCUCGUUCACAAAGCCGAUUUGAAAAAAGGUGUCAAAUGUGGAGGAAUUCACUCUGCUCCAUCUGGCAAUAUUUCCAGUCCGAACUUCCCAGGCCUCUAUCCCUACAACAUAGACUGCUCCUGGCUAAUUGUGGUGGCAGAGGACUCGUCUGUCCUCCUCACCUUCCACCACUUUGAGCUGGAGUACCACUCCAGCUGUGCAUACGACUACAUUAAAAUAUACAAUGGACGAGCAGAGGAUGAGGGAAACCUCCUAGGGACAUUUUGUGGCGACGUCUCCCCUCCUCAGUUCACCUCUUCUUGGAAUGUCAUGUCCAUCAUCUUUCAUUCAGAUCGUCAUGUGGCCCAUAGGGGAUUCAGUGUUGGCUACAAGAAAGAUAUGUGCGGGGGAGUCCUGACCGGACUGUCGGGCGUGAUCUCCAGUCCAGGUUAUCCUCAGGAGUACAACAACAACGCCGACUGCUCCUGGGCCAUCCACGUGUCCAACACGAGUGUUGUCACCUUGGUCUUUUUGGACUUCCAGAUGGAAAACAAUGAGGGGUGUAAUUUUGAUUUUGUGGCCCUGUUUGAUGGCCCAACGGUCAGCCACCGCCACCUCGGCAAAUACUGUGGAGCAGACAAGCCCCCCGCCAUCGUCACGACUUCCAGUCAGCUUCUGAUAAUAUUCAAGUCUGACUUCAACAUCGGAGGACGGGGCUUCAAGGCCUACUACUACUCAGGUGAAUGCCAGCAGGUCCUUUCAGCUGUGAGCGGCAACUUCAGCAGCCCACAUUUCCCCGACAUCUACCCCAACAACAUCAACUGCCACUGGAGCAUCACCCUGGCGCCUGGAUACCGCAUCAAACUCUUCUUCCCCGUCAUGGAUUUGGAGGACCGCAACAGUUUGUCCGAUGAGUGCGACUACGACUCUGUGGCAAUCUACGACGGGGGCAGCCAGACGGACGCCCUGCUAGGACGCUGGUGUGGGAGGGAAAAGCCUCCAUCCCUGGUCUCAAAGAGAAACAAGCUGCUGGUGGUUCUCAGCACAGACAGAAAUGUAGCUCACACAGGCUUCACUGCCACUUAUCUUGGAGUGGUGCCUGUAAACAUUAGCUGCACAAGAUCAGAGUUUACCAUCCUGAUAUCCCAGCAGUCCUUACCUCAGCUGGACCGGGAGAGCAUCUACCUGGGAAAUCCAUCCUGUGCCGCCAAGUUAACAGCCACCUCCUAUAAAAUACUUGCUCAGUUUGUCAACUGUGGCACCCACAGCCAGAAAUAUCGGAACAUCACCGUGCUUGUGAACAAGCUCUACAUCGAUUUCUCUGAUGGAAAACAGCAAAAUGUGCAAGAAUAUAAGGUGCAGUGUGAUGCCCUGCGGAAGAUAGCAUCAGCGUCAAUCAUCUCAGCAGAGGAGCGGCGUUUGGAGGAGCAGGCUCUGCAGACAGACAGUGACAGCAGCAGCUAUGCUGCCGAUCCGGAAGCUGAGCCUCAUGACUUGAGUGACAUCGUCUUCAUCAGCAUCUGUGUUCUGGCUGUCAUUCUCAUGGUGAUAGCUAUCGUUUGGUUGGUGCUUCUAUAGUUAUAUUUAUAGAGAUCGUUCCAUGACAGUUCACCACAGACCCCCCCAGCUGGAUUUGUUUUUGUUGGAUUUGUUUUAUGAAAACGUCUAUAUAGUAUAUAUAUAUAUACACAGGACUGUCUCAGAAAAUUAGAAUAUUGUGAUUUUCUGUAAUGCAAUUACAAAAACAAAAAUGUCAUACAUUCUGGA